AUGUCUUGCGAACCACUUACGUAUGGUGUAUGAAAAAAAAAAAAGAUCCAGAUCUAGACUAAAUUACAUAGAUCUAGAUCUAUAAGAGUUUCUAGGCUCUAUAGACAUAUUUGUCACAUAUCUAUCUACAGAAUUUAGAUUACCAUUUUUGAGUUGUCGAAUCUAUAUAAUCUAGAUCCAGACCUACUCUAGAUCUACGUCAAUGACUCAAUGAGACUCGGUCAACUCGGUGUCAAAGAAAAAUGCGAAAAUUAAUAACUCUGUGGUGUUUAUUUAAAGUACUCAAUGUCAAUGUGCAUUGUAUAGCAAACCUGAAACAUUAUGAAACUUUUAGUGAGUUAGGCAUAGUUACAAAAGUGAAAAGAUCAUACAAUGAUGUCCCCAGGUAUAUAAAAAAACUAAAGUUCAACAUUUUUAACAGAGAUUUUCAUCUUCACCUCAUUUCUGGGACGGACAUUUUGGCCAAAGAUUUUGAAGCAUUUGUUAUUCAUAAUGAUAAAGAAACAUCAUUCCGCAUUGACCAGACCAGCUUGUUUUCAGGAUUUGUUAUAGGAUCUCCAGACGUGAAAGUAACCGCUAAUGUUGAUGGUGAUGGCUGGUACAUACAGAUAGUUGAUGUCAUGGAAACAUAUGUGAUAGAGCCUAGCCAGUAUCUAUUAACUGACAGGGAAAACCCCAAGAAUGAUAGCUUCAUAGCAUACAGAGCUUCAGACAUAACCACUGGAGCCAGAUGUGGCAAUGAUGUGAUAGGAACAGAUAUGUCAUGGCUAGGACUUGGAGUAAAGAGUAUGGCUGAUCAUAUGGAAAUGUUCAAUACAAACUACUCUCGCAAACACAAACGAGCCUCAGAUAAAAACACGUGUUUGCUUCAAGUAUUUGCUGAUUACAAUUUCUUCAAGAAACGCUGUCGCAAAAGUCUUCCUAGUUGUUCUUCUGUUCUGAUCAGUAUGGUUCAAAAAGCAGAUAAAAUAUUUAGAGACUCUGUGUUUAUAGGACGCUCUUCCAGCACACAUGAAGGUUAUGGACUCCAGAUACAGAGUAUGGCCAUCUAUACCUCCUACUCAGUACCUAUAGGCAGGUUCCCUGAUCAUUUCAAUCAAGCCAGCGACUGGACUGCUAUCACCAAGUUGAAGAAAUUUGCAGCCUAUAUGGGGUUUAGAAAGAAAAAGUAUUGCCUGUCUACAUUACUCAGUGGAGAUUUGUUUCCAGACAGGAUUUUAGGAUUGGCCAUGAGCGGGACAGUUUGCAGUCCUGCCAGCUUAGGACGUUUCCAGCCUAACUCUAACGUGGUAUCUGCGGAAGAUGUGACAGGUCUUGUACCUAGCCUUCAGAUGACGCUAGUGUUAGCCCAUGGUAAACUUGUUAUGAAUGACCUUUAUUUUUAUAGAAAACUCAGGAUCAAAUUUUGUUUAGCCACUUUGGCAAUGUUGACUUUACUUGGAUUAAACACUCUGAUUAUUGUUAGUGACAUAUGUAUACUGAGUCCUGCUAUGUACAUGCAUGAUAGUAUAGUUUCUGUUAGGCCAAGCUGUCUUUUAAAAUUUAGUAUGUUUAUAUUCUAUGGCUGUAGUUUUUUUGUCAUUACAUUUGAGCAAAACAUUCCUCGUUUUCCUACUUUUUGAACGGUUGCUCUUGUU